GCUCCCAAGCUCUCCCUCAAAACUUCACCUCUGUCCGCAUCUCUGGCCAUCCCAUCUCGUUUCAUUUCAUCACCCAUUGUUGUACCAUAACUCUGUAAUUCCCUUCACAUAUUGUAUUGCAUAGCUGCCCAACGGCAUAUCCUCCACCUCUGCGCUCCACCCGGCUUCUGACGGUGCAUCUCGCGCUCCCCUUUGGCCCUUGUCCUCCUCUAGCUUUCAUCUGCACUGCAACCACCGCUUUCCGAGCUAUCCCCCACCACCAGCCCCGCCAUGGUCCCCCGCCUCCAGCCAUCUCCCCUUCUUUCGACUCUCCGCUCAGCUUCCUCCUCCAUCACUUUCCGAGCACCUUGCAACAAGCGUUUCUUCACUCCCUCAGCCGCAAACAUGGUUGUCAAGACUUUCUUCGAGGUCUCCUGGACCGGCCCCGUCAUUGAGGUCGACAGCAAGGGCAAUGUCACCAAGGAGGGUGAGGUAAAGGACCAGUCUGGCCGCAUCAACUUCAACCUCUUCGACGACGUCGUCCCCAAGACCGCCGAGAACUUCCGUGCCCUCUGCACUGGCGAGAAGGGCUUCGGCUACAAGGGCUCCAAGUUCCACCGUGUCAUCCCCCAGUUCAUGCUUCAGGGCGGUGACUUCACCCGUGGCAACGGCACUGGCGGCAAGUCCAUCUACGGUGAGAAGUUCGGUGACGAGAACUUCAAGCUCCGCCACAACAAGCCCUUCCUCCUGUCCAUGGCCAACGCCGGACCCAACACCAACGGCUCUCAGUUCUUCAUCACCACCGUCGUCACCUCGUGGCUGGACGGCAAGCACGUCGUCUUCGGCGAGGUUCCCGAGGAUGACGUCGAGUCGAAGCGCGUCGUCAAGUCGAUUGAGGCUUGCGGCAGCAACUCGGGCCAGAUCAAGUACAAGAACCCUCCCACCAUUGUCAACUGCGGCCAGGCGUAGACAGCCAGGCGCCGAGUGUAGGAUUUAGGUAGGACGGCGGAG